CUGGCAACAUUUUUUGUCUACGUGGGAAGGGAGGCAUCCCGAUUCCCGACGACUGUCAACAAAUAUUCAACGAAUUUGAUGUAUGUGCAACGCUGGAAGUAACCGUGGCAUGACAGGACGAUUUGGAGGCGAACCCGCUGACGUUUCUAAACAUGUGGCUCAAACCUGAAGAGAUACUGCUGAAAAACGCCUUUAAACUGUGGGUCACCGAGAAGGAUAAUGAGUAUUUUGUGCUUCAAAGGAGGCGAGGGUACGGUGAGGGUGCAGGCGGCUUGACAGGUCUCCUUGUGGGAACGCUGGACACAGUACUGGACUCCACAUCCAAAGUGGCUCCUUUCCGCAUACUGCACCACACGUCGGAUUCACAAGUGUAUUGGUCGAUAGCAUGCGGGGUCACAAAGGAGGAAAUAGUCCAGCACUGGGAUUGGCUGCUGCAGAAUAUCAUGAGGACCCUCUCGGUUUUCGACUCCAGCGAGGACAUCACUAGCUUUGUGCAGGGCAAAAUCAGGGGUCUGAUUGCUGAAGAAGGAAAGACGUCCCACAAGCUGGAGGACGAUCCUGAGAAGUUCAGAGAGGCAUACUUGAGGUUCGAGAACUGGUUUGCGCUACCGCCGGAGGAGAAGCUGGUCACGUAUUAUGCCUGUAGUUACUGGAAAGGCAAAGUGCCCUGCCAGGGUUGGCUCUACCUCAGCACCAACUUCCUCUGCUUUUAUUCCUACCUGCUGGGAGCUGAGGUGAAACUGGUCAUCUCCUGGGAUGAGAUCUGGAGGUUGGAGAAAACAUCAAACGUCAUCCUGACUGAGAGCAUCCACGUCAUGGCUCACGGGGAGGAUCACUAUUUCUCCAUGCUGCUGCACCUCAGCGAAACAUUUGUCAUCAUGGAGCAGCUAGCUGACUACUCCAUUAAGCGCCUUUUUGAUAAAGAGGCCUUUGAAAAAGAGCGAGCACUCUCAGACCCACUGCAAAUAACCAAGAGAGGCCUCGAGGCUCACGCAAAAAGUGAGCAGUUCCGGACAUUUUUCAGGCUUCCCAAAGAGGAAAAUCUGUUAGAAGUGCACGAGAGUUUCCUGUGGGUGCCUUUCAGCCAUUUUAAUACACUUGGCAAGAUCUGCCUAUCUGAGAACUACUUGUGUUUUGCCAGUCAGGACGGGAGCCAAUGUCACAUCAUCAUUCCAAUGCGCGAGGUCGUAAAUGUUGAGAAGCCAGAUACCAGCAGCCGUGCUUUAACAGUGUAUGUGCGUGGGAAAAGAGCACUCCGUUUCACCGAGGUGCGGGACUACCAACGUCUGGCGACAAGUAUUCGCAGCCGCUGUGGGAUUAGUGCUAGCCCGCAGCACUCGGCAUCAGCGGAGGUCAUCCGAGGCGAAUGUCAGUCGCUCAUCAACCACUUUGAGGACAACCCAGACGACGUGACACUUAUGGUGGGCCAGAAAGACAGCAGCAAGGCAGUAAGCACCGAGGCGCUCAUGACUGUUUUCCACCCCCAGGAUGUUGAAAACCUUGACCCUAAAAUGCUUAAGGAGAAGAUGAAGGAACAGUCUUGGAACAUCCAUUUUUCCGAAUAUGGCCGCGGGACAAGUAUGUUCUUCACCAGGAAGACGCGUGACUUGAUUGUCCGUGGCGUUCCCGAAGCCUUACGAGGAGAGCUGUGGAUGCUUUUCUCAGGAGCCGUAAACGACAUGGCGACUCAUCCUGGAUACUAUACGGGGCUGGUGGAGCAGUCUCUAGGCACGAGCACGUUGGCUACGGAUGAGAUUGAGCGAGACCUUCAUCGCUCUCUGCCAGAGCAUCCCGCCUUUCAGAGUGAUACGGGAAUCUCCGCCCUCCGCCGAGUCCUCACCGCAUACGCGUAUCGAAACCCUAAAAUUGGCUACUGCCAGGCCAUGAACAUUCUGACCUCAGUCUUGCUGCUCUAUGCCAAAGAGGAGGAGGCCUUUUGGCUAUUAGUUGCUGUCUGCGAGAGGAUGUUACCAGAUUAUUUUAACCGGAGAAUUAUUGGGGCUUUGGUCGACCAGGCUGUUUUCGAGGAUCUGAUUCGAGAGAACCUCCCACAGCUGGUGGAGAACAUGACAGACCUGAGUCUCUUCUCAUCCGUUUCUUUGUCCUGGUUCCUCACCCUCUUCAUCAGCGUGCUGCCCAUCGAAAGCGCCGUGAACGUGGUGGAUUGCUUUUUCUACGACGGCAUUAAAGCCAUUCUGCAGCUCGGCCUGGCCGUGCUGGAUUACAACAUGGAAGCUCUGAUCAGCUGCCAUGAUGACGCUGAAGCCGUCACCAUCCUCAACAAAUUUUUCGAUAGUGUGACAAACAAAGACAGCCCGUUGCCACCAACUGUCCAGCAAGCCCCUGUAAACAACAACGAUAAAUCAACCCGCUUAAAUGUGGACAUCAGCGAACUGAUCCGAGAAUCUUAUGAGAAAUAUGGCAGCAUUCGCUCAGAGGACGUUGAGAGUUCACGAAAAAGAAACAGGCUUUUUGUGAUCCAAACACUGGAGGACACAACAAAGCAGAAUGUUAUUCGUGUCGUGUCCCAAGAAGUCAAAUUUACUCCUGCCCAGCUUGACGAGCUUUACAACUUGUUCAAAAGGCAACUUUUUCUUAGCUGCUACUGGACAAUGAAGAGUCCGGCCCUGCUUCACCACGAUCCGAGUCUGGCCUACUUGGAGCAGUACCAGCUGGGCUUCCAACAGUUCAGCGUGCUCUUCUACCUGCUGGAGCCUUGGGCUUUUUGCACCAACAAGAGCACUCUUUCUCUCUGGGUUUUCCGAUUAAUCGACGAGAACCAAGAUGGCUUGGUCAACUUUAAAGAGUUCUGUUGUGCUCUUGAUAAUCUAUACUGUGGAUCUUUCACAAAUAAAUUGAAGUUCCUCUUCAAGCUGCAUCUACCGCCAGCUUUCACAGGUAGUCCUUUGCACGUACAGGAAGAAAGUCUCCCAAGCUUUUUCGCGACGACAGGAGGCUCUCCUCACUUGAGUAGACUUCCUGAUUUUGAUCUACCAGAAGAUGGCGUGAUUAAGAAAAGUCCUGAACGAGGUCGAGGGAAAGUGGAUCUGCAGGCCUACUUGAAACAAUGGCAGAAUGAAAUACUUAGGAAAGAGGAAACUAUUAAGGACCUGCCUAGAAUUAAUCAGGCUCAGUUCAUUCAGUUCUCCAAGACCUUGUACAACAUUUUCCAUGGCGAUCCAGAAGAGGAGUCUCUGUACCGCGCAGUAGCCCACGUAACCAGUCUCCUUCUGAGGAUGGAGGAGGUGGGUCGGAGGCUGCAGGAGCCGAGCAGCCCGGCCGCAUCCUCAAAGCCCACUCCUCCGGACGGGGAGGACCAAGCUCCUCUCACAUCCAAAAGCUCAGACACCCCCAGCCCCCAGGAAGUUGGCCCCGAGGUUCCUGGGGAGGACUGGUCCUUUUCGUUCGAGCAGGUCCUCGCGUCGCUGCUCAACGAGCCCGAAAUAGUCAGCUUCUUUGACAAACACGUUGACAUUCAGAGUAAAAUGACGCAAGCUCAAGUGGCCCAGCUGAAGCUAACAGGAAAUAGCAAGUGAUUGCUUAGUAAGGCAGACGAGGACGGAAGGGCAAAAAGGGCUGACAUGCAAAAUCCUUCAACGGUUUGAUCGGUGCAUGCACGCACGCACGCAGGCAGGUGGCGUCUUUUCGAUCCUAUAUUGUAUACGAGGUGACAUUUCUGUGCCGCUGUUUCCUUGUUCGUCAAUCGACAGUGUUUUUCCCCCACUCACAAUGUUGAGUUACAUAUCGCCUAUUAUGCAGAUUUCACAGACUUGUCUCGCAUUUCCUGAUUGCACCCAGCCACAAUGCAAUGGAGCCCAAGAAAUAAUAUACUCUUUAUUGUACAGUGUUUGAAAAGUAGAUGCCACUAAAUCUGUCGAGUCGCUCACCUAGAGAGCUGCUUGUAAUCAACUCGGAAGGAUAUUUUACUUUCAUCAAAUCUCAGGGUGCAAUUACGUUCACAUGUUGAUUAUCUUGCGAGAAAUCAUUUGAAGUUUAUGACUGAGUUCAACAUCAAAAGCAUGUGUGUGUAGCAACAUUUUGAUGAGCGCCUUCAAAAAGGGUGUGUUGUUUUCUAUUUUCUGGAUCUGUGCUUUUGCUGCUUGCGUCCCAAAUGACUUGUUGCACAUUGUUAGAGAAUACGCCUCCACAGCCGAGGCGUUCGGGUUAAGAAGGUUCUGGAUGCUUUUCUUCUAGUUUUUCCAUCUCUUGGGGCCAUAUACACAUAUUUAAAAAAAAAAAAAAAAUUAAAUAGGAAAAGACUGUUCUAGAAGUGAUUUGAGCGCCAGUUUUUUUCUCUCUCUACUGCGAUUGUAAGAUAAGAUAAUCCUCUAUUUGUCCCACACGGGGAAAUUCCAAACCAGCAUCACCUUUAAAAAAAAUAAAUAAAUCAAUGUUUACCUGUCAAAGAAAAUAUUGCGUACUAUCGACUACUUUGAUGAUGUUGGUAAAUAAAGCCUGAAGCCAUACUCAUUAUUCCAGUAUGGUGGCUUUCCAGUUAAGUUAUACAACAGAUUGACUUAUACAUGAUUGAAAAAAAUAUAUAUAUAUGAUGAAUAGAUUUAAAAUAUAGAUAUUAAAUGUAUUUUUGUUAUACAAUUGUCUGUGACAAGAAUGUAUUAUUAUUAUUGAACACAUUUCAAAAGAACAGCUAACUUUUUUUUUUCCAACAAAAGGGAAAAAUGCAUUGUUCCGAAAAAAAUUACUGCUUUGUUUUAUUACCUAAAGUUAGUGCUGUAAUAUUUAAUCUAUUCAUUUAUUCAUAUGUGCAGUUAUUGUCUGCUGCAUUUGCUGAGAAUGUGACUUGCCAAUACUUCUCUUGCCUGUUUUUUUUUUUGUUUUUGUUUUUUAAAUAUGUUGUUAUUGUCAUUGGUCCAAAGUAAUAAAGAGUAAUGAGUGGUCAAUCUUUUAAUAUAA